AUGGCUGCCGACGCCGCUGCCGCGGCGAUGGCUGCGGCUUCCCUCUGCGACGACCUUGAGCCCGCCACCGCGCGCACCCGCAUCCGUGAUGUCCUUGCCGCAGGCGCCGCGCGUGCCGGGGACCGCGUCGUGGUCGGGGGGUGGGUCCGGACGGGCCGGGAGCAGGGGAAGGGCUCCUUCGCCUUCCUGGAGCUCAGCGAUGGCUCCUGCGCCGCCACGCUUCAGGUCAUCGUCGACGCCGCCGUGCACCCGCUCGCGCGCCUCACCGCCACCGGGACCUCCGUGCUCGUCGAGGGCGAGAUCAAGGAGCCGCCCGAGGGGACCAAGCAGAACGUCGAGCUCAAGGUCAGCCGCGUGCUUGAGGUCGGCGAGGUCGAUGCCGCCGUCUACCCGCUGCCCAAGGGCAAGGUCAAACUCACGCUCGAGAAACUGAGGGACGUCGUUCAUCUCCGUUCGCGCACCAACACGAUUGGAGCGGUUGCUAGGAUUAGGCACCAGUUAGCCUAUGCGUCACACACGUUCUUCGAUGAGAAUGGAUUUCUCUAUGUACAUACACCAAUAAUAACUACAAGUGACUGUGAAGGUGCUGGUGAGAUGUUCCAAGUGACAACUCUGUUUAGUCAGGCUGAAAAAACUGAGAAGGAAUUGAGAGAGAACCCUGCACCAUCUGAUUCUGAAAUUGAAGCAGCUAAAUUUCUUGUCAAGGAAAGAGGUGAUACGGUCGCACAGCUUAAAGCUGCAAAAGCCAGCAAACAAGAGAUAUCAGCUGCUGUUGAUGAGCUAAAUAGGGCAAAGGAAAUUGUUUCAAAACUGGAGGAGAGGUCCAAGUUAAAGCCUGGGAUUCCACACAGGCAUGAUGGUUCAAUAGCUUUUGAAGAUGACUUCUUCAAGCGUCAAGCUUUUUUGACAGUGUCUGGACAGCUUCAAGUUGAGACAUAUGCAUGUUCUCUUAGUAGCGUUUAUACCUUUGGACCAACAUUCCGGGCAGAGAACUCACAUACAUCACGGCAUUUGUCAGAGUUUUGGAUGGUUGAACCGGAAAUCGCAUUCGCAAACUUGCAGGAUGACAUAAACUGUGCAGAAAAAUAUGUACAGUACCUUUGCAAGUGGCUGCUUGACCAUUGCCGGGAAGAUAUGGAGUUUAUGGUGAAAAAUUAUGAUAAGAGUGCAAUUGAACGCCUGGAGCUUGUUUCCUCGACUCCUUUUGUGCGGAUUUCGUAUACAAAGGCUGUGGAGCUCUUGAAAAAUGUUACGGACAAGAAGUUUGAUAACAAAGUUGAAUGGGGAAUUGAUUUAGCCUCUGAGCAUGAAAGGUAUUUAACAGAGGAUAUAUUUAAGAAGCCAGUGAUUGUCUAUAACUAUCCGAAAGGAAUAAAGGCGUUUUAUAUGAGGCUCAAUGAUGAUGACAAGACGGUGGCUGCAAUGGAUGUUCUUGUGCCUAAGGUCGGCGAAUUGAUUGGUGGAAGCCAAAGGGAGGAACGGCUAGAUGUUCUGAAACAGAGGAUACUUGAUGCUGGCUUGCCUUUGGAACCCUAUGAAUGGUACUUGGACCUCCGCCGCUUUGGAUCUGUAAAGCACAGUGGCUUUGGGUUGGGUUUUGAAAGGAUGAUUCUUUUUGCAACCGGAAUGGAGAACAUCAGAGAUGUCAUACCCUUCCCAAGGUACCCAGGGAGGGCUGAUCUGUGA